CUCAUCUCUCUUCAACCUAACAAAAAACACCAACGACAACACCUGCAUACAAUCACAAUGGCGCCAAGCAAAAAGGUCCUUAUCAUUCUCUCCGACGCCAGCUCGUUUCCCCUGUACAACACGGGCAGUGAUGGAAAGACAGUCUCCCAGGAUUCUGGCUACUUUCUGAUGGAGCUUGCGAAGCCCCUGUCCAAGAUCCUAGACGCAGGCUAUGAAGUCACGUUCGCCUCGCCCGAAGGCAAAGAGCCCACACCAGACCCUCUGAGCGUCUCGCUUGCCGCAUUUGCAGGCAACUACUACGAGAAGCAGCGCGAACUGGAGCUGAUUGAGAGGAUGAAGAGGGAAAACGGAUUUGCGAGGCCAAGGAAGUUUUCUGAGAUUAGCGAUGAGGAGCUCAAGGGGUUCAGCGGCGUCUUCAUCCCGGGCGGCCACGCGCCCUUGAGGGAUCUGGGCGACAAUGCGGAGCUGGGCCGAGUGCUGUCCCAUUUCCAUGCCGAGUCGAAGCCGACGGCAGCCAUUUGCCACGGUCCCUGGGCAUUUCUGUCGACCAAGUACGGGCCCAAGAAGAGGUUUGAGUACAAGGGCUACAAGAUGACGAGCUGGUCGGACGCCGAGGAAAAGGUCAUGGAGACGAUACUCAGAGGGGAGAUUGACAAGGUGGAGAGUGGGCUAAGGGAAGAGGGGGCUGACAUGCAGGAGGGCGUUGCGAAGAGUGCGGGCAGUAUCACCGUGGACAGAGAGCUGGUGACCGGAGACAACCCCAUGGCGGCGAAUGCACUGGGAGAUAAGUUUGUGGAGAUGCUGGCAGCCCGAUAAGGCGUAUGUGUGUGUGUGCUUGGGAGGACGGACGAAGGUAGCCGGGCGAUGGGGUAGAAGGCAACGAUACACAACAUCUCGUGAUAGAGUUUCGGAUAUUACAUAACAUGGGUAUAGCAAGGAUGCACAUGCCAGGUCACCACUAGCAAGGGGCCGUCUUCCCUAGCCGACAAAAGUGAAAGCUACACAGGGCUGACAGGCUCUGCUAGCGGCAACGGGCAGCGGCAGCGAAGCUGGGGCCGAGCUAGCGAUGCGGUGCGGUGUAGCAAUGGGUAUAGACAGCGAUGGUAUAGCAUAGCCAGAGUAUAGCAUAGCCAGAGUAUAGCAAUCAAUGGCCAUCGGGGGGAGCGGAGCAGCACA